AUGCUCUCAUCCCUAGACCUCCCCCGCUCCCCCAACUUCUUCCUCCAAGCCUCCGCCAGCAUAUGCAUUUCCUACAUCCUCCUAUCACUCCUCCUCAACUACUUCUCCGUCCAAGCCCGAUGGUUUCGAAAGCAAGAAUGGAUCGGGUACCGGAAAGAAUGGUUCUCAGGCGUACGCGCUCACUUGCGAUCGAUUCUCGGCACGCGCGAAACGGUCAUGGCCAACUACGAGAGACUCAAUAAUCAAAGCUUCCUCGCGAUUCCGCAAUUCAUGAGUAAACCUUUGCUGCUGCUGCCGCCGAAAAAGUUGCGGGAACUUUGCCAGAAAUCGGAGGAUGAGGCGAAUCUCUAUAUUGUGCUGACGGAGUUUUUGGCGAUAGAGUAUACGAUGCAAGACGACGUUACUCGAGACCCAUUUCAUCUGAGUAUUGUGAAGCAUCAACUCACCCGCAAGCUGCCGAUUAUGACAGCGGACAUCCAAACUGAGCUGGCACUGGGAUUCGAUCAGCACUGGCAAGUCGAUGUUGGCAAUGAAUGGAGGACGAUUUCGGCAUUCGGGACAUGUACCAGUAUUAUCAGUCGAGCGGCGAAUCGUGUCUUCUGCGGACCAGAUCUAUGUCGCAAUGAAGAGUUUCUGAAGCACGUCAACCAUUAUUCGGAAUAUUCAUUCCGGACGAGCGGCAUCCUCAACAUGCUUCCCAAAUGGAUGCGCCCACUGGCUGGUCCGAUGAUUGCUCGACGCAUGUUGCGGGCACCUCUCCAUGCUUGCAGACAGCACGCCGUGCCAGUCAUCCAGGAGAGAGUGGAAAGGAUACGAUAUGGUAUGCAGGACGAAGCUGACCGUCGAUCUCAGAAUGACGCUCUACAAUGGGUGAUUGAGCAGUGCAUUGCGCGCGACGAUGCUCUCGAGCUGGACGCAGACCGGAUUCUACGUCGCUUGAUCGGACUCAAUGUUGUCGCGCUCCACACCACUAGCAUUGCCAUGGUGAAUGCUCUCCUGGACCUGUACUCUUCGCCGCGUGCCGCCGAGUAUGUGGAAGGUCUCCGCGAGGAGUGCUCUCGUGUGCUGAAGUCGUACGGGGGAGAAUGGCAGAAGGGAGUGGUGAAUGAGCUGUUCCGGAUCGACAGCACCAUCAAAGAAAGCAUGCGCCUGCAUGCCAUCUUUACGGUUGGGACACUUCGAGAAGUCACGAAGAAGGAUGGCGUUGAUCUUGGAGACGGCUGGCGAGUUCCACAUGGAGUUCGUCUCGCCACGCCGAUUGUCGCCAUUCACCGAGACGAGCACUUUUACCCAAAUGCAUACGAGUUUGAUGCCUUCCGCUUCUCCAGAGAUCAGGAGCAGGUCGAUGGUGACAAGGCGACUCUCGAGAAGCGCAGUCAAGCGAUGGUCACGACGAGCGAGAGCUACCUGUCGUUCGGGCACGGUCGUCAAGCGUGUCCCGGCAGGUUCUUCGCAUCGCAGGAGAUGAAGCUCAUGCUCGCGCACAUCGUGAUGAACUACGAUGUGAAGCUGCCAGGACCCAGGCCCAAGACGUACGACUUCAAGCACGCGUCUGUGCCUGAUCCCAGGUCGCAGCUCAUGAUUCGGCGGCGAGAGGCACCGGCGGAGGUGUGA